CUCACGGUAUGUGCAGUAGCCUCGAGGCAUAAGCCACAUCUCAGGGAUCGUCCAGAAAGUACGUCCGCUUUUCUCAGAUUCGUUCGGCAAACUCCAGAAGCACGGCGCCUGCGAACAUCUGGUUUCGUAACGGGAAGAUGCGAAAGCACUAUCUGGACGAUCCCUUAGAGCCCCCCCCCCCCGACUGGCGAAUGCUUGAGUCCGCGGGCACUGGAGGACAAGUUUGUAGACUGAUUCGUGUGCCUCCCCUCCUCCACGGCGGCUCGGUGCGACGCAGGUGAGCGCCGUCCUCCGCCGCUGGGAGGCGAGCCUGAGCGGCGAGGGCGUGGGUCUUCGCGGGCGGCUGUGGGACACGAUGAGGGGCACCACGCCCGCCGUCUGCCUGACCCUCGGGCUGAUGUGCAUGGUGCUGACGGGCGUCGGCGUGAUGGGCCGCACGCUCGGGUCGCAGGGCCUCGUGUCGUCGCUCGUCGACAUGGUGUACGCCGUGUCGCUGCUGGGCUGCGCCAUGUCGCAGCUCUUCUUCGCGCAGAACCGGAAGGACGUCCAGGCCAUGCUCGUCCGCUUACACGAAGUGGCCACGGAGCUGGAGCACGAUCUCGAGGGUCCCGAGCACCGACAGGAGAGGGCGGAGUUGUCCCUCAGCGCCCGCAGCGCGCACAAGUGGUUCGUGGGCAUGCGCGUGUACGCCACGCUGGCGGCUGUGUCCGUGAUGCUGCCGCACUUCACCACGCUCAAGCCCGUGCCCGCCGUCUGGCCCUCCCACCCCGCGCUGGAUCCCCCCCUCGCCAUCAUCUUCGCCCUCAGCGGAAACUCCUGCUGCAUCGCCUAUUCCGAGUUCCUCAGCCUGCAGCUGGUCGCCACCAUCUCGAGCGCCGGGAUGUACCGCGCGCUCGGAGCGCGCCUACAGAGGGCCGUCGGCAAGGACGAAGAGCUGGAGUCCGUCGCGCGGCUGCACGGUGAGCUCAACAGCGUCGCCACGGUGCAGGACGCGCUGUUCUCGUCCUACCUGCCCUUCUACCUGCUCCCACCGCUCGGCGGCACGGCCCUGGCCACCUGCGGCUUCCUCUACGGCGCCUUCUCCUCCAACUUCAUGAGCCUCGUGCCGCAGAUCUUCAUCAUCUUCAUGCCCCUGUGCCUGUGCGGGGACGAUCUGCAGCAGACCAGCGGAGAGACGCUCUCGCUGUGCGGCUACAGCGGCAACUGGCUGGACUGGCCGCCCAGGGCGCGCAGGCUGCUGCACUGCGUGAUGGCGCGGGGCACGCGGCCGCAGCUUGUAUACGUGAAGGCGUUCGGUCACUUGGAUCGUAAGGCGUGCCUGUCCGUGCUCAAGACCUGGUUCAGCUUCCUGCAAACGCUCACCAACCUGUCCGGGAUCUCACCCGACGGCCACUAGGACGGCCGGGCGUGGGUGUGUGCGUGCGUAGAUACCCCGUGUGGCAGCUCCGAGAGCGCCUCUACCCCGGCACAGCAGCUCCCACGCAGAAGUGUAGUGACAGAUUUUAAUAUUUAUAGUUAAGUGCUGAAAGAACAAUGGAAUAAAAAGUAGCGUUUAUCA